AUGGCAGAGUCAGGCUCAAACUCGGCUCAUCAGCAACCACCUGCAGCAUCGGCCUCCGAUCCCCCACCUCCCCCGGAGUCGCAAAUCCCCGGACCUCGCGCAUCACGUCUGAUUCAAGUUUUUGACCAGGCUCUGGCGCGCACCCUUCGUGCGAACUCAUAUUCCAAUUUUGCUAGCUGCUUCCCCACGCCUGCCCGACAUGUUCCCGCUAGCCUAGAAAGUGUGUGGAGACAGUUGAAUGCAAAACUGGAGGAGGGUGCUAAGGCGGAAUUUGAAGAGAUCAUUGCGGAACGGGAGGCAGUGAAGCAUAUUAAUGGAUUGGAUCGGUUAAUCGCAGAGGCGAGGAUCAGGAAGGAAAAUGAGGGGGAGAGCAGGGAGGGGUCACGAUCAGGCAAUGCGCCUCACACUCUUGGAGCUGAAGACCUCUACAAGGCGCAUCUGACGCCCUAUCUCCAGGAAGCGCAGUCUACCCUGAAAGAUAAACUCGAGUCCACACAUGCUCAAAACGCAGAGCUGUCGCAAAUCGUGCAGGCGCAGAGACUGGAAAUUGAGAAGCUAUUGUCACAUCUUGAAUCGGUUGUUACGGACGUGGAAGGUGCUGCGUUGGCAACUACGCAGUUCACUCAGGAGCACCAUAUUCGCCAAGAUGCGGUUCAGAUGGACGAGGAAAUUAACCGUCAACCAAGCAUCUAA